AUGAAUAGCCCUACUGUAUCUAAGUUUCAAGAUCGGAUUCUACAGACACGAAUCGAAGACUAUGAGGACAUAAGCAUCAUCACAAUUCCAGGCCUUGCUGAGCUUUCGCCUGAAGAACGACUCGAGAUUGCACACAAAGCACGUCAACUACAAACCGAAAAUGCACCCGUAGAUAUGACUCCGCCCUUGGACGAGGAAGAAGAAUACCGUGACUCCUGCCAGAGAGAAGACAAGGCACGCAAACAGCUCGAAGCCGAAGGGUGCCCACCCUGCUAUCCACCCGGGCUCGAAAUCCAUCGAUCAGAGCACUUGCCCGAAGACUAUCGCGCGAUCAUCGAAUAUUGGCGGUCAUUUCCGUGGUCAAGCGGUCUGCCGCUUUGCGCCCAACUGCGUUCAUGGCGCGAGUUUCAUGCACACCAGCGGCUGCGGCGGCAGCUGCGACCAGACCAGCAGAGUCGGAUCGAUCGAUGGAACGAGUUUCUAAGUUACCAGCUGGCCCACUACAACAAUUCAGAGAGCAAACUUGUCGGUUUGAAGAAGGAGCUGAGUGAGGGGUCAACGCCGCAGGAUGAGGAUGCCAUACGGCGGCUUAUCCGGUAUGGUGAGCGGGAUCUUGAGCGGCACACGAUCAUGCUGGACUGGAUCAGGCAAAUGGGUAGGGAGAUGGAACUGCAGGCACAUCCCGCGGCAGAUGUCAAAGCCGUGAGUUCAAAACGAAUCUCGACACCCAAACAUGUAGUAUCGAGGCCAUCCUUAUCGCGAGCAGCGAAGUUGAAGCAGCAGCAGCAGCCAGGCUCGAUGGCUGAUACCACGAAGACCCCGAACGCGAGACAAGCACCCACUACUCGUAGGAAGAAGCACAGCUCUCGCACUGGCAAGCAGAAAAACUGUGAUGGUGUUGAAUCGUCGAAGCACGCUUCGCUCCUCCAUGAACAAUCCCGUCCAUCAAAGAUAACGAAAACGCAGGCCAGAGCUCACAGACCCAUGUCGCCACGUAUUCCAGACCAGCAGAUUACGACGACAAGAUAUGGGAGGGUUUCACGGCGGCCCGAUCGUUGGGUUCCCGGUUGA